GAGGGGGAGAGAAAGAGUGGAGGAGCGAGAGAUUGCUUCGAGAAGCUCCUAGAGUGUCCUAGUGAUGGCGGUGCUGCUGCGGCCGGCGGCGAUCGCCGGCGGGCGGCAGGUGUGGCCGGUGGCGGAGGACCACCACCAGCAGCUGCUAGACGAGGCGGAGGCGGAGGCCGCGUCGCAGCGGCUGGUGGAGGCGGUGGCGCGGGGGGACGCGAGGGAGGCCGGGGAGCUGCUCGCGUCCGGCCGCGCGGACGUGAACUACGCGGGCGUGGUGUGGCUGAAGGCGCGCCGGGUGGCGGAGGCGGCUCUGCGGGACGGCGCCGCCGCCGACAUGCGGGAGACGCACGAGGAGAUCCGGGCCGACGUGUCGCCGCUCUUCCUCGCCGCCGGCAAUGGGGACGCCGCCCUCGUCCGCGCCCUUCUUGUGAAGGGGGCGGAUGUGAACGGCAAGGUGUUCCGGGGCUACCCUGCGACGGCCGCGGCGCGUGAGGGGCGCGCGGAGGUGGCGGCGCUGCUGGUGCGCGCCGGGGCGUCGCAGCCGGCGUGCGAGGAGGCCGUCGUGGAGGCGGCGCUGCAGGGGCAGGCCACACUCGCCGCCAUCUUCAUGGGCUCCGACCUCGUCCGCCCGCGCGUCGCCGUCCACGCGCUCGUGUCGGCCGCCGCCCGCGGCUUCGUGGACGUGGUGGACUCGCUCAUCAAGUGUGGAGCUGACCCAAAUGCUACUUCCCGGGUCCUCCUGCGCUCCCUGAAGCCGUCUCUCCAUGCCAAUGUCGACUGCACAGCGCUCUUCGCCGCAAUUGUGAGCCGGCAAGUCGCCGUCGUCCGUCAGCUACUUCAGGCCGGAGUGAGGAGGGACACCAAGGUGAGGCUGGGAGCGUGGUCCUGGGACACGGCCACCGGCGAGGAGCUGCGCGUCGGCGCCGGCCUCGCGGAUCCCUACGACGCGGUCUGGUGCGCCGUGGAGUACUACGAGUCCACCGGCUCCAUCCUCCGCAUGCUCCUCCAGAACGGCUACUCGUCGGGCGGCGCCACCCAUCUCGGACGGACGCUCCUCCACCACGCCGUCCUCUGCGGGAGCGCCGGCGCCGUGCAGACGCUGCUGGCGUCCGGCGUGGACCACGAAGCGCCGGUGAAGACGUCCCGGAGCUCGAGGUCCAGGCCGGUCCACAUGGCCGCGCGCCUCGGCCAGCCGGAAAUCCUGGAGAUGCUGAUCGCCAAGGGCUGCGACGUGAACGCGAGGGCGGAGGGCGGGGACGUUGCUGCCAUACUCGCCGCGCGACACAAGCGCGAGGAUUGCCUGAGGGUUCUCGUGUCCGCCGGAGCAGACGUCGCGCUGCUGAACUCGGCCGGUGAGUCUGCGCCUUCCGUUGCUUGCUCCGGGGGCUGGAAGGGCGGCUUCGAGAGCAUCGUUCUUGGUGUGAUUCGCUCCGGGAUGAUUCCUCGGUCGAGCGACCGGAACGUGUUCUCACCGAUGAUGUUCGCGGCGCGCUGCGGUGACUCCGCCGCCAUGGAAGUGCUCCUGGCCCAGCCAGACGUGGACGUCGACGAGCAGGACGUGGACGGGUGCUCCCCCAUCAUCGCCGCCGCCAAGGAGGGAAACGUCGACGCCUUCCGCGCGCUCGUGUUCGCCGGUGCCAAUGUGAAGCUGAGCAACAAGCGUGGCGAGACGGCCAUCGGGCUCGCCCAGCAGAGCAAGAAGAGGGACCUGUUCGAGCAGGUCAUGCUCGAGUUCGUGCUGGAGAAGGGCAUACCCGGUGGCUUUUACGCGCUCCACUGCGCUUCCCGGCGCGGCGACACCGCCGCGGUGCGCCACCUGGCCAGCACGGGCUGCGACGUCAACAUCCCAGACGGCGACGGCUACACCCCGCUCAUGCUGGCGGCGAGGGAAGGGCACGCGUCCGUGUGCGAGCUCCUCAUCUCCUACGGCGCGCGGUGCGACAUCCGGACCCCGCGGGGGGAGACGGCGCUCUCCCUGGCGAGGGCGGCGCUGGCCACCGCGGCGUUCAACAAGGCCGAGGACGUGAUCAUGGACGAGCUGGGCCGGCGGCUCGUCGUCGAGGGCGCGCACGUCAAGAAGCACACCAAGUGCGGCCGCGGCAAGCCGCACGGCAAGCCCCUGCGGAUGGUCGCCGCCGCGGGCGUGCUCCGGUGGGGCGGGUCGGCGCGGCGCAACGUGGUGUGCCGGGAGGCCGAAGUCGGGGGCAGCUCGGCGUUCCAGCUGCACCGGCAGAGGCGGGGCUGCGACGCCUACGAGCCCGGGCUGUUCCGCGUGGUGACGGCGACGGGGAGGGAGGUGCACUUCGUGUGCCAGGGCGGCGAGGAGGCGGCGGAGCUGUGGGUGCGGGGCAUCCGGGCGGUGACGAGGGCGGUGUACGGCAAGAGAGGGAAAGAGUGAAACGGUUUCUGGUGGUUUCUGUAGCUUGCAGCGCGCGUGCCUGUAAAGAGUAGGGGCGUAGAGGCAGCGACGACGUGAAAGAGUGUAGUAGUGGGUGUGCUCAGCUGCUGGCCUUCAGCUCGAAGGCUGGGUUGGGCACUUGGGUUGGCUUGCCAUGAUGUUUUUUUUUGGUUCAGGGGCCUGGAGUUUGUAUAGCCUUUGGUUGAUGUUUGCUUGGCUAAACUUGCUUUAGCUGACUGUUUGUAGCUGCUUUCCCCUGAGAAAUGUCAGUAUCGUUUCC